AUGAGUGACUACUACCACCACUUCCUGUCCUCCAUGGCAGGAGUUGGCGGCCAUCCAAACGCAAACCAACUGGAUGGCUCUCAGUCAAUACCACCUCCUCCAGUAGUUCCCAUGGGAGGCUCCCAACUCUCCAACCCCUACCAGAGUCUAGGAUAUUUCACAGGCUUCCCCGACCCGGUCAUGUUCAACGCGCCGAAGUCACAGAGAAGCAGGCGAAAAUCCGCGCCCGGACUAGACCACAUCAAGCACCGGCGCACGAGAUCUGGCUGCUAUACUUGCAGGAGCCGGCGAGUGAAGUGCGACGAAAACCACCCCAUCUGUGAAAGAUGUAGGAAAGGGAAACGAGAGUGCAUCUAUCCUGAGCCGCCACCGCCAAAAGGAUCUGGCAGCGUCGGUUCAAGAGACUCGGCCGGCCCAAGCCAGCAGACGAGCCCGAGCUCUUCCCACGGCGAUGACGACGACGAUGGAGACGACCAAGACUCGAAGCUGGAUCCCAUCAUGGACGAAGACGAGGACGAGCCCGAGAGCGCCACUUCGCAAUCAUCAGCGCAGAACUUCCCCCUCCUCCGGAGAUCGAGCACAACGUCGUCGUUUGGACUCCAGCGUGUAGGGUCAGGGCACCGCCACGGUUCAGAAACACCCUCUUUUGACGCAAACAAGGGCUCUUCGUCGCCUUCGGCGUCGACCAGCGUUGUCGGCAACCUCACACCCGCUCUGCUGCAUCUUUCCGACACUGCACUCCCCAGUCCGGGCUUGCGGCCGGACUGGUCCCUUCUACCACACGAGCUUCAAUUCUACCUGGGCUACUUUUGCGAGACCAUCACAAACUACCACUACUGCAUAGUCAGUGACGCGGACGACUUCUUCCGGACGAUCUUGUUGGGGAUGGCGAUCCGCAACGAAGCGCUUCUUUAUGCCGUGGUGGGGUUUUCCGCAUACCACCACGCCCUAGCGAAGCCAAACGGUCGGAUGGACGAGUUCUUGCUGUACUACAACCGCAGCGUGACGCUUCUCUUGACUUUUCUGAAAAGAAAGGAGAAGCACAGCGUGGCGACGUUAUUGACAGUACUACAGCUUGCUACGAUAGAGGAGUAUCUGGGCGACUGGGUCAACCUCAUGGGACACCAAAAAGCAGCUUUCGAGAUCCUCACUCAGCUCUUCACGCCGCAGUCGAUUAUGCAAACUUCUAUGGGCCGCAUGGUACUGAAGUGGUACGCACGAUUCGAUGUCUUUAUUGGUAUCAUGGGGAGCUUCGAGACGACGCUCCCGCGGGAGUGGUUCUCGGCGUCUAUCGAAUACUACGAUGGCAUGGCAGCAGUCGAGCUCGAAAACGUGAGCUGGAAGAUCGAUGCAUGCGCCUCACGACUGCGCCUCAUAUCAAUGGAGAUGUCUCUCCUAUUUGGAAAAGGGGCAAAGCAGGACGUCUCCGAGGACGAGUAUGUCGUCGAGCACCAGAGACUAUCCGUGGCUCUCGACAACUGGAAAGAGAACUGGGACCCUGCAUUGAAGGACCCAGACUUUCUCGUAACUGAGUUUGCCAGCAACCGUACCCCAGACCCAAACGACAUUGUGAGCCCAUUUACGCCGGGAGUGCUCUUCGGGCCGCCGCUAUUUGCCUCAACUAUCCUCACAUGCGAGUGGCACUCUAUCGCGUUGAUGCUCGGGAGCCAGGCAGCUUCUGAAAUGACAGAGUCGUCCCGAGCGAGCAUGAUGGAGCAUGCGUACGCGAUCUGUCAGAUCUGCGAGGCGGUGGAAUUCUGGCCUCUCAGUCCCGCCGGGAGUCUGAUCAUACUGCAUCCCUGUGUAGCCAUCGCAGCGCUCUUCGUCAAGCGGGAUGCGAGGCACCAUAUGUGGAUUAGGAAGAAGCUUGCAUUGCUCGAGGUUAUGGGGUACAUAUCGCCGGCCACAAUGCGUGCGCGCAUGGCGGAACUAUUCCUCGACGAGAGCUGUAUCCGAUGGUGGCUUCCAAACGACGAAGGGUUCUCACCAAUCCUGCAAAACAUCCGGGCUUUUGCAGACGAACGCAAUGCCAUGGCCGUCUCAGCACAGAGCGAGAACCUGCGGCAGAUUCGACAUGUAUUCUCACGCAUGCGACUUGGACGAGGAGCUAGCAUUCCCGAGGGGGGCGGCGGUAACAAUGAUGACGAGGCAGCUUGA